UCAAGAUGGCCGCAAGUAGUCGAGCUCGUGUUCGACUUUCGGAAGCUUCACAAGCCUUUCUAAAUGACGAUGCAGACGCCCGAGCUUCUGGAGAAUAUUCUGCUGAAGAUUCUACAUCAGAAAAGGUAAUUGAUUUGCUUAAUCAAGCUCAGCUGGAGAAGGAAAACAAACUGAAUUGUCUGAAACAGGUCCAAGAGUUCAUUGUGAACAAAGACCCAACCCUUCUUGAUAAUUUUUUGGAUGAAAUCCUGGUUUUCCAGCAAGAUCGAUCAGCAGAUGUACGUAAAUUUGUGGUUGGAUUCAUUGAGGAGGCAUGCAAAAAAGACAUUGAACUGUUGAGCAAAGUGCUCAACAAUCUGGGUUUUAUGUUGAAUGAUGAUAAUGUUGCUGUUCAAAAGAGAGUCAUGCUGUGUUUUACACAGCUGUACAAGUAUGCUUUACAGUACAUCUGCAAGCAAAAAGCAAUAUCUGAAGAGCUAGAACGCAUGUGGGAGCUUCUCAUCCAGAUAAAGGAACAGAUUAUUGAUAUGCUGGAAUCUGACAAUGAUGGAAUAAGAACUCAUGCUAUAAAGUUUAUGGAGAUGCUUGUUCUUGUCCAGUCACUUAAAACUCAGGAUUCUGAGUCACUGAAGAAAGGUGAGGCUGACAUCUCAUUGGAGAUAGUUCCCAGAAAUCAUCCUCUAAUCAAGAUGACAGAACUAAGGGAGGAAGGAGGAUCAACGCUGGAGUCUCUACUCACCCUCAUUGCAUCUCACACCAUCUCCAGUGUUAACCUCAUGGCUUCCCUUGGAUCCCUGUCAGCAAUUGCUCGUCAAAGGCCUGCUUUUAUGUCUAUUGUUGUUCAGGCAUUUGAGUCUCUCCAUGCUAAUCUUCCAACCUCUCUGAGCAAAUCGCAAGUCAGCAGUGUUAGGAAAAAUCUGAAGCUUCAUCUGAUGAGUUUGAUGAAACAUCCAUCUUCAAUUGAGUUCCUUCCCCAGAUUACCACACUUUUAACAGAUCUUGGGGCUUCUCAGGCUGAGCUUCAAAGGAAUAUGCCAAAAGCCAGUGCCGAGAAAAGAAGGUCUGAACCAGAAGCGGCGACUUCAAAGAAGCCGAAGCUUGAUACUGAAGAGAUAGAGACGAUGUCUGCAUCAGAUGCGGUAGACAUGACAGCCCAGGAUAUUAUCCCCAGACUCAACAAAGACACUGUAACAGACCUUGUACUGGUCAGCAUGUUGGCUCUUCCUGACAGCAUUCCUUCCCACUUCCACGACACCUACACCCCCAUCGCCGCCGCAGGUGGACAGGCGCAGGUUGUUCAUCUUGCUCGACUGUUAGCCACCCAGAUGAAUGCUGCCAAGAUUGGAAAAGGCUAUGAGAGAAUGGAAGCUUUGCGAAAGGCUCAGAAUGACCCACGAAUGAAGGAGGAGAGUAUGUCGAUCCCCGUGAUUGGUGGACCAGGCUUUAACGGGCCCGGCGCUGAAGACGAUCCUAUGUUUAUGUUUGGUGUACCUAAACCCGAAGAGGAUUCAGCAUUGCAGAGGAUGUUAGGUGGACACCUUGAGGCAACCAAAGAAAAGAGACCUAUGGAUAUAAAGAAGACGCCAUUUGUACCCAAAGAACCUGCUGUCCCUCAGCUGCGCAUGAGGAAGAUCAAGCCAUUCAAGUUAUCUGAUGUGACAAGGGAAUUGAAUCCGGACGAAAGACAAAGUCUGAUGACGAACGCUGUCAGUAGAAUACUUGCCUCCGAAGGUAGUGCUGCAAGGAGCGGAGUUACACAGGAACGCAUCAAUCUCAUUGUCGGACUUGUUACACAAUUGGGAGGGGAUCUUAAAAUGGUUCUCCAAGAAUUUAUUCAGGAGGAGAUCCGAUCUCGAUAUGAUCUGUUGAUGUCCUGGCUAUAUCAAGAAUACGCAUCAUCAGAAAUUGAAGGAAUAGAUGAGGAUUCUGACCUGCGCCAAUCGUACAGUGAUUGUCUUCUAAAUCUUAUGGACGGACUUUACGCUAAACUGGAUCCUAAGGAUAAAUUAUUUACUCGUAUUCUUCUUGACAUCCCGGCAUUAACGGACGGAGCAGUAAUGGCAGUGAGAAUGUAUUGUGAAGACUUGGAUCGGCUUCAAGUUGGAUUCUCUACUCUAAGAGAACUAAUCUUAAAACGUCCAGCCACCCAAGAGCAGUUGUUACAAACUCUGCUGGAGCUGACCACAAACGAGAAGGAGCAAGUUAGGGUGCAGGCCAUUCACUCGGCCAAGAAACUCCACACGCGGCCUGAACUCGCCGAAUCUAUUGAGAAAUAUGCGCUCACUUCCUUGCAACAAUUGUUAGCCGACCAUCCACCCGCUCCGGAAGGACUGGACCCUGAUAUAGAAGUAGCUCCCGGCGAGUGGACAGAUGACACGAUCAAACUUUGUCUUUAUCUAUACCUCGCAUUGCUUCCACAAAACCACAAGCUGUUUCACGAGUUGGCCAAAGUGUACACAGCUUCCUCGCAAAUCAUAAAAAGAAUCAUUCUCAGACACCUUGAACAUCCUGUUCGUGCAAUUGGCAUGGCUUCUCCUGAGCUCUUGCAGUUGGUGGAGAACUGUCCUACAGGCGCUGAAACUCUUAUUGCAAGAAUCUUGAACAUUAUUACCGACAAAGCGGUGCCCACGGAUGAACUGGUGAAGCGAGUCAAAGAGCUGUACCACAAGCGUGUGUCUGAUGUGCGAUUCCUGAUUCCUGUACUUACUGGACUGAAAAAACAAGAGAUUAUCGCUGUGCUGCCCAAACUGAUCAAACAGUCGCCCAGCGUGGUCAAAGAAGUGUUUAACAGGCUGCUAGGAUGCUUCCAUAGUGAUUCUAAAGUAUCCGCCACCAGCCCCCUCAGUCCGUCCGAGCUCCUGGUUGCUCUUCAUCAGAUCGAGGCCAAAAGUGACAUGAAGUCUGUUAUGAAAGCCAGCAGCUUGUGUUUCGCGGAGAAGACCAUUUACACUCAAGAGGUGCUAGCAGUGGUUCUGCAUCAGUUGAUGGAAAUGAAUCCUCUCCCUACCCUAUUUAUGAGAACGGUGAUCCAGUCUCUCAGUAUUUGUCCUCGGUUGGUCGGUUUUGUCAUGAAUAUUCUCGCAAAACUUAUCACAAAACAGGUGUGGAAACAGCCAAAAGUGUGGCAGGGAUUUGUGAAGUGUUGUCAGAUGACCAAGCCUCAGUCCUUCUCGGUCCUUCUUCAACUCCCUUCCCGACAGUUGGAGAGUGUGUUUGAGAUUUGCCCAGAGCUCAAAGAAAAUCUGGUUUUGCAUGUUCAGUCGUUCACUCCUCACCAGCGAGCUCACAUACCAAGAUCCCUGUUGCAAAUCUUAGAAAAAGACGGAAAGAAAGACGAAAAGAAGCCGAAACCAGAAAAACCAGAUAAGGAACAAAUCGACCCUGAGGAAGAGGAGGAGGAAGAGGAAGAAGAAGACUCAACGAAGGGCGACAAAUCUCCGAAGCGGACACGAUCACACAUCAGGGAGGCACUGAAAGAUAAACGGAAAUCCCGAAGAUCGCGCUCUCGCUCCAGGUCACCGCGGAAGAAACGGGAGAAAAGUGCUGGCGAAGAAAGUGCAAGCGAAGGGGAAAUCAACUAAAUGAAUGAGGAUGGAUACUUCACUUUUUAUAACAUGAUGUGUGUAGAAUGGUGGUAGAGUUACACCAUCUGAUAAAUUUUUAAGACUCAACUUCGUUCCCAGACCAUCUCUUCUCCCCACUCGCUGGAGCAAGACACCCGAGGAACAGAGCUGGAAAAGGGCCUGCAGUUUAACAAGGACAUUAUUGUCAUGGUUGAUUACUCAUGUGGUCUUACGGGGGAAAACACUGAAAGAGACGAAUUCUCGGAGCAAGUCACAGUUUCUGUAUCUUAGAAAAUAUUUCCUAAACUGUUGAAAUUUGUUAUUUCCAAAUGGUGUCACUCUUUCCUAAUCUUCCUUGUCCCCCCUGAUGUACCAUUGCCCUGUUUGUAUUGUUCUUUCUACGUUUAGUUCUUUCGUUCGUCUUUGUACAUAAGACUUCGUCCAGAGAAAGAAACUGUGGAAUAAAAAAGAAAACGUGAAGACGAGUGGGUCGUGCUAAACUCAGAGUGUAGUAGAGCUCUGCUCCCUGAUCACCAACUUGCGGACUCAGUAUUUCUGUGGUUGUUUGCCCCUGACAGGUGGGAGCCCUUAAAUAUAUAAGGUAACAUUAUCUGGCGUAAUCAGGUGAAGGCGGUAUAAUAUUUUCUUGUCUUUUUUUUCCCAAAUAUCAAAAUUGAUGCUAUCUAGAGCAAUAGCAGUUACGUUGAUAAAUCCAAUUUUAUGAUAGCAAUCUUUUCAGUGUGUGGGAAUAUAAGCUUAAACUCUCUCUUCACUUUAAGAUUUCAAUCUAUCAAUAACCCGCUUGUGAAAUCCAUAGAUACAUACAUUUCCGAAACGUGUAAAGCAAUUUAAUUUUGAAAAUUAGCCUCUAAAUAGGUAUUUACGAAGAGCCAUAUCAAAAAUACCACGAUUGCUGAAGUGAAUCUAAGAUCUCAACGUCGUACGUGCGCAUCGUUUUAAAAAAAUUGUUUGAUGUUUUGUAAAUUUACAAGAAAUUCAUUAAAGCUGAGGUUAAGGAUUUAAGUCGGAAAUCCUGUCAUCUCCAACCAAUCGGAAAACGUUGGUAGAGAUUGUAAAUAGUUAUCAGACAUGGUUUGUGUGAUUAGUUGUCAAAAUAUGUGCUUUAAUUUUGUAAGAAUCAUUUGCUAUGUAGAACUGGUCAGGGAGGAAAGUCUCUCUUUCUCAUAAACUGCCGCCCUAAGUCACGUAAUAAACAAAGGCAACGUUCAUAGAAAAUUGAGAAAUAUUUUUUCAACUGAGAAUUUAUUCAACGUUAAAAAAAGAAGUGAAAGAAGAGGCUAUAUGAGAGCCCUUUG